AAUAGUAUAAUAGAAUAACAGGUAUGAGUUUUGACAAUGCAGCUAUGCUCCAUCAGCCUGGUGACAGGCUUGUUCAUAUGCCUCCGCAGUGCAGCAAAGAUAACCCACAAAGCACAGUCCAUCACAUGUCUUGCUGCAAAGUGGCACAUCUCCGCCGUCGUAAGCACCUUCGACGAUCUCGACAAUAAGACGACCCCAACAGCAGCUAUCAUCGAAUCGAACUCGGAUGACGAAGACGGCGACGGCGACGAGGACGACUUGGAUGAUGCAAAACUGAUGCCAGUUUUUGCGGACACAAUCUCAUUCCAAAAGAGGCAGGCGCUAGUGAUAUAUUUGAGGAAUAACAAAGCGGGAAUUACAGUGUAUGGAUUCAUGGUGGAUAGAACAUGGCUGAAAUCCAUUUUUGCUAUUGAACUUGCUCUGUUCUUGUGGCUGCUCAACAAGACUGUUGGUAUUUCUUGAAGCUCUUGCCUUUCUUUUAGUGGAUUUUGGAGUGAAAAAGUGCGAUAUUUCUAAAAUUUUAGAAACCAAAAGUUAGGGUUAAGAAUGUAAUAUAAGAGAGUUUGAUUCAUGAAAUGACUCGUUUGGAAA